AUCACCAGUCCUAAAGUUUAGUUACGACACAGUGUGAUGGGCUUCUUGAACAGAUCAGCAGUAGAGGAUAUUUGGCUUCAACGACUCGACAGCGAGAUGAAAGUGCGAAAUGUAGCGCGAAAUUUCUCAGCUCUUGAAGAAAUGCUUUUUGUGAAACGCACAAUUUGACCGCUGUAAGCGCGCAUCUUCAACUCCAGAGUUUUUUCGUUCUGUCAUUUUUACGCUCCACAUAAACUCAUGUAGAGAGACCUCCGCCUAGCACGACUACAAUUUUGCUUAAAACAAAAGCUUUAUUACUUUCGCAUAAAAGCUGACAUGCAGCAGGAACGAUUGCUCAAAGUCCUUGUCAUUGGCGAUUUAGGUGUGGGGAAGACAUCCAUCAUAAAGCGUUAUGUGCAUCAGGUUUUUUCUCAACAUUACCGCGCGACCAUCGGUGUUGAUUUUGCUCUGAAAGUCCUGAAUUGGGAUCACCAGACAGUCAUUCGACUGCAGCUGUGGGACAUCGCAGGACAAGAGAGGUAUGGCAACAUGACACGUGUCUACUACCGAGAGGCCGUUGGGGCGCUGGUGGUUUUUGACAUGACCCGUGCUUCCACCUUCCAAGCUGUGUUGAAAUGGAAAAAAGAUCUUGAUAUUAAAGUUGCCCUUGGCAAUGGGCGUCCGUUACCCGUCGUCCUGCUGGCCAACAAGUGUGACCAACAGAGAUACGGUUUGUGUUCCAAACUGCCCAAACUCGACAAUUUCUCCAAGGACCACGGUUUUGUUGGUUGGUAUGAGACGUCUGCGAAGGACGACACAAACAUCGAUGCAGCCGUCAUGUGUCUUGUAGAAAAUAUAAUGGCCGUCGACACGGAGGAUGUUCCUGUGGAUUCAGACCCUAGUGUACUAAUCCUCCCUGCUUUUGAUUAUAACCUAAAAGAGCGCAGUGACUCUAGAUGUUCUGCCUGCACGACAUUCCAGUCCAGCAGAAAACCCCACAGUGAAUUAUAGGGUGAGAUGAUGAAAAGAAGUGGGAAAGAAAAAUACAGAGAGAGAAAAAGAGAGAACGGUCACACCCUUCGCUGGGCCUUCAGAUUGUGCUGAUGCAAGACGUUGUGGCAAAGACAAGACCAUGAAGCCUUAACACUUACAUGCACUUACAUUUACACAUACCAAAAACAACAAUGUCAUCAAUAAAACAUGCAGCGUUUACGCAGAGUUUUCUCUGAUAAAUACUUAAUGUUACAGACUUGCAACUAAACAAGGCUCUUGUGGUUAUACUGCAGCAGAAGAGCAGCGUGCGCACAUUUGUCUCAAAUUUGUGUCCGUUAAAGCCUGGCUUAAACUCUGUCUCUUAAAAAUGUGCGCAUGCAUUUGCGAUCACUUACGGGCGUGCUAUUUUAAACUCGGUCCACGGCAAGCUUGUGCACCGUACUUGAAGCUCUAAAAACGCAGCUAAAUAUUCAUUUAUUGCUUAUCGGCUUAAGAUAAAUGCAGACCAGACACCAUAAGCGUAUCCGAUUCUUGGUUUUUCUUUAGAGAUAUGCCUGCGUGUAAUUUUUCCACACAUAAUAGCUUAUAUAAAAUAAAAAAUGGUUAACAUUAAGGAUCAAGGAUGAUGAAAGAUCUUGAAAUGAUAGCCGUUCAAUUCAAAGUUAAGCAGUCAUGUGCCAGCAUACAAAAUGCGUUCCGUUACUGUGAAUAAUCAGCAGUGGAUUCAUACAGUUAAGUGCUGUGUGUGUGUGUGCGCGUAUGUAUGUAUGCAAAAAAAAAAGAAAGCAUUAGCAUCAGACAAGUAAUUGGGCAGAAGUGUCUCGGCUGACACUGAGGAGGAGCGUGCCUAGUAUUUAAAUGUGUCUCUGGAUGUUUGAGUUUUUUUGUGUCAUGACCCAUAUGCUUACUGUCGGCUCACAGCAGUAAUUUUGCGCCAUGUCUGUUUUGUCUGACUCGCAGAGGUUUUUCUUCAGCACCUACCAUCCAUGCACCGGUGCUCGUAAUUUAUGGAUCCCCACAAAUCUCUUUACUAAACAGGCUUCCCUUUUUGACAUGAUUUAAGCAGGUGUUUUGGACUGUGCAUCUGUAUCUUGUAGCUAUAAUUCAUCUCACAAAACAGUAAUCAUAUGUACAUGCAAAUUUCUGCUUGUUGUACUGCUUAGGUGAUCUUUGCCACGUAAGAGUGUGCCACACGGAGCGUGUCUAACCGUGACCUUUACUAAGCCUACUUUUUAUUCAGCAGACAUGAUGAUGGUGAAUAAUUUUGCGCCAAUUUAUACGUGACACUUAAAUGGCCGUUUACGUCACUUAUAUAUGUGUACGCAAUGGCUUCAAUAAAGAAAAGCUUUAACCAACCUUUAAUCUACAUACCUUUUAAAUACAGCAAUUAAAAGGUAUGUAAUUAUUUAUAUGUUUUGAUUUUAUUGAACAUAAAAUAAAAAAAAAGAUUUGAAGUUGUGUCUCCAGAUUACGCGUAAACCCUGUUACCGUCUUAAUUCCCUUUUUUGUUCAUUUUCUAUAAAUAAUACAUUUAAAAAUGUUAGCUUAAAAUAAUUUAUACUCAUUUCCUGCAUGCUAUUAAUAAAUUGUGAUUUACAAACAAACAAACAAAAAAAAACUUCGAAUGAAACAUAUUUUCAAAUGUAAAUCGGCCCAAUUCGUACAAACGACGUAAAAACGUGGCUUCAGAAGAACCGUUAGAAAACGGGAAACUCGGGAACAGUAAACUGAAUGCAAUGCACGACGUGGCGAGCGUUCUGUUAAUGAAGGCUGAUAAUGCUCUGUGAUUUUGAGAGGCGAUUGCACGUGUCAUUUGGAGCAAUACGGGAGUGAGCUGCACGGGCUAAUUAUACAGAGAGAGAAAGAGAGAGAGAGAGAGAGAGAGAGAGAGAGAGAGAGAGAGAGAGAGAGAGAGAGAGAGAGAGAGAGAGAGAGAGAGAGAGAGAGAGAAAGAGAGCAUGUUCCAGAAGUAGCCUACUGUAUUUACAAUCUCGGGUAACAAUUGUAGGUCUGUAAGCAUCCUCGGCGAAUCUGUAUUGAUCGCUUUACAGGUAGGCUAUGUUGAGCCGUGAAUAGGGGAGCCAUGAGGAUAUCCGCUCCCUCGGUACUUCAGCAGAAGGAUGCUGCGGUAGUGACACGGCGAGUCGACGUUAAGGAAUGAAUUCCGUAAAAGUGCCUUGGACGGCAAACUUGCAGGCUUUAUAGAAAGGUUGACGACUGCCGGGACCGAAUCACCUUUGAAAAAAACGGGAAGAGAGGCGGUGAAGGAUGCUUUCCAGGAAUCCAAUGUGAGCAGAUAUUUUGAUGAUACAGCCCAGCCUCCAUGAUGCCGUGGAUGGAUACAGAAUUGCUGCUUCUCUUUAUUUUUCCAUUGAUUUCAGCCGAGAACCCUGAACUACCUGCAGUGAUGGACAAUGACAUUCUGACCGAAUUUGCUUACCAACCUGGGCCAUCGUACCUGAGUCUGAUCCUGCUGGCCCUGACCGUGGGACUGUCCGGCAGCGUUUACCUCUGUGUGCUGCGGUACAUUUGCACCGGCUGCUGCCAGCCUGUAGUUGUUGGACCUGAAGAUGAGAGCAUGUCAGGAGUGGUGUGAUAGCAGCUUUUGCUUAAAAGAGAGUGUGCAUUCAUGACUGUGAGAUUGGUACGUGCGUUGAAGCACUUAGUCUUCUUGAAUCGUAAAAAAGAUGAGCGGUGUUCAGGUAAUAUGAAUUAAAACGAUUAAAAUCUGGUCAACUGUUUCUGUUAUUUCCAGUACACAACAGUAACGGUUCAGUCGGAGAUCACUCAAAAUCUCUAAAUAAAUUGGUAUUGUUUAGUUUUAGUUGAACAGUGUGCAGAUUUUGCCGCAGUUUUCCAUUUCGGUCAUGCACCUGUUGAAGAUAUUUUGGAUGUGCGUAUUCCCUCCCUUUUGUAUUACACAUUGGUUGGGAAAUAUCCCUGUUUUAAAUUAUGAAAUACUUAAAUAUAUUUUUCAUUCAUGUAACAGUGCUGAAGGCUCAUCUGAGGGACAUUGAAAUGUAAGAUAGAGUUUGUAUAAUAAACUGCUUAUCGCUCCUCAUUUAAAAUGAAAGCUUCUGCUAAAUGACUGUUUGUAAUUGUGAUAUUCACAGCUGAAUCUAAAGCCUGACUAUACAGAUGAUGCAAGUGUUGAGAGGGAGGAGUAAAACAUUUUAGCAGGCUUUGGAUGCUCUGUCAGUCAGGAGCAAUCACUCACAAAUACUCUACAGUACCGCACACUAUACUUUAAAUGAAUGUAUUAAGAGCUUUUGUAAAAAACAAUGUAAAACAAUAAUGAAGCCAUUCUGAAAACAAAUGUUUUAUUUUUAUGGCCCACGGGUUUUAGUUAUUUUCGAUGAUCCAGAAUCUUUUUUUUUUUUCAGAAUAAAGUGAGCCAGUGCAACUUUAUAUGGUUCAAUAUCAGCAGAAUUUGAACCAUAUUGUAUUAUUUUCAUGUCAACAUCUCUCGUUUAAUGAAGUAGGAUGCUCCCCGAGGAAGUGAGAAACUGUUGCCAAAGGCUACUGCUGGAUCUAGUUGCCAUGGAAAUAGUUGCAUCUGUUUUCCUCUAGAUGGUGCCGUCACAUCAGGCCUAACUGCAAGUAUUCGAAAUAUCUGAUGGACUUCUGUAGAUGUUUUAGAAAUACAUUUGUAUAUCAUAAUGUGUGUUUUCUAUCCUCGAACAUAUUAAUGUUGAUUGCAAAUGCGUUGUCUUUGUGCAUAUGAACAUCACACCAUAAAUAUGUUUCUAGUUAUUUGAUAGUAAUUUUGACAGUGAUGAAAAAACAACAACAGUGUCUUUAAUCAUGACCUCAGAGCUCACUGACAUCUAGUUAGAUUGUCAUCAGUUUUUAAGUAGACUAUAUAUAGCCAUAUGUGACAUAAAUUCAAAUGAACUAUUUACACAGAAAAAUCUUUCUAGAAUGAGACAUGUUCUCAUGCUCCUCCCAAAUGAAGUCAGGGCUUGACACCAUUGUGGUUUUCCUCUUAAACCACUUCCUCAUACAGAGAGGUGUGUUUAAAUGCCGUAGUUCCCCUCUGAAACGUCCUUUUGCUUACCUCAUGCUUUACAUGCUGGGUUUUAAUACUUUAGUAAAAAGUCAGUCAUCUUUUUUAAAAAUUCAGGAUUAGGCCUCUGAUUAUUCAAUAAUUUACUUGUUCACUGUUAUCCACUACAUUCUAGCAAACCUAUGUAUAAAUGUAACAUAGAAAUAAACAUUUGAAACAAAA